AUAGUGGGGGAGGGCGGCUAAGUUCUGUCUCCACGGAGACUGUCGGGGCUGAACACCAACAAUACUCGAGGUGGGCGCACCCCACGGAUGGCCACGGUCCCAAAAGAGCCCACGAGUAAAGGUUGGCCACGGGGCCCCGACUUCCGAUUCACCACGUGCCCCUGAUUCUGCCUCCCCAACCCUGAGACGCGCCCCACCCGCUAGAGUUUUCGGGCUGCGGAGGAGCAGGGCUGGGCGGGGAGCGGGCUGCAGGCGGGCCCUCACGCGUCCCUCCGCCCCAGGCCGGGACUCAUGGCGCCCAAAAAGAAGCGCGGAAGCCGGCCGGCAGACAGCGCCGCCGCCGCCGAGGCGCAGCUGUCGGAGCGCGCGCAGUACCUGCUGCGCGAGCACGGGCUGCUCACCGAGCAGCUGGACGCCUACGAGCAGUGCGUGGACCAGGUGCUGCAGGACAACGUCCUCCUGGACGGCGAGGCGCUGCGCCUGCGCGACGAGAACCGCUUCUACGCCACCUACGUGAGCACGCACGCGCAGCGCUGCGCCAACGCCACGGUGCGCCUGGAGGAGCAGAACCGCGUGGACCUGGCGCAGAUCCACAGCCAGCGCACCGACCUGGAGGCGCUCUACCACGGGCGCGAGGAGGGCGUGCGCGCGCAGCUGCAGGAGAUGGAGGCGCGCGCGGCGCACAUGGCGCGGCAGGUGCAGGAGCUGCAGCCCUACAAGGAACUGCAGCUGGAACAGCUGGCGCGGAUCCGGACGCUGGAGCGCGAGCUGCUGCACAUGCGCGUGGAGCACACGCAGCUGCUCCACCGCGUCAAGCGGCGCUUUCUGGAGGACAAGGCGGCCUUCGAGCGGGAAGCGCGCCAGCGGGUGCAGUCCAUGGCGCGUCGCGCGGAGAGGGAGGCGGCGCGCGCGCUCAUCGCGCACACGCAGUCCAUCAAGGCAGACAACGGGCGGUUGCGGGAGGAGCUGCUGCGGCUGCUGCGCCGGGCCCACCUGCUGCACGAAAUGCGGCGCCAGCUGCUGAUGCAGCGCGAGCAGCUGUGGAGCGAGCACCAGGACUCGUGGGACCUGGCGCGCGUGCACAAUUGGCUGCGCCGGGGGCCCGGAGGCCCGGAGCUGUUUCAGCCGCUGGCCUCCCCGCGCCAGGGGUCCAUAGCCUCCGGCACAGACUCCUCCAACUCCCCGCCAGGCUCCUUGUUUGAGCCCUCUCGGAACCCGUCCCAGGCCUCUUCCCUCGCUGUCUCCAGGGCCCCGUCAGUGGUCUCGCUGCGUGUGGGCUCCACGGUCCCGUCGCUGGCCUCGCUGAAGGCGGGGUCACAGUUGCAUUCCCAGGACAGGUCGAAAAGGGACUCCCAAGUCUCCUUGGCCCCGUCCCGCCUGGGCUCCCUGGCCCUGUCCAGCCCCGGCUCGCGGCUCUCAUCCUUGACCCAGUCCCUCCAUGGCUCCAGGAUCCCUUCGCGGUCCUCGUACCGCGGGGCCUCGCAGAGCACCACUGCCUCUGCUGAUUCUGUCCCGGGGCCGGGCCAGCCGACGGAGACCAAGGACACUGACAGGGCAGACUGAACCCGCCCGGAAGGAGUCCAGGGUGGGGGAGACCGAGCGCAGGAAGCUAGCUGGUGAGUGCAGUUGUUCAUAAAAAUGUGACCCCCCCCCCCCCCACACACACACACCUCUGUGCCCUGCUGCUGCAGCACUUCCUGCUAGCUCCGGGCCCCUUACUCCUUUCCGGGCGGCAAGGUAGCUUGAUGUGCCCUCACCCCGUGUCAGCCGGAGCCAGCAUCCCUCCCCACCAUGGCCGGCCUCAGCUGCUCCCGCAGGGCCAGGGCCGGAGAAAGUCGGGAUGACCGUGGUGGCAGAGACGGCAAGGGGGAGGGAGGGUAUGGGAAGGUGGCCAGGGCAGAAAGGAGCCUGUGGUCAGGAGGGCCAGUGUCAGCCACCGAUUGUUUAACCUCCUGGGGGUGUUGGGUAACUUUUUUUUUUAAAUGUAAUUUCAAAUGUAGAGAAAAGUUGCAAGACAGAGAAGUCUCGUAUAGCAUUUAUCUAGAUUCACCAGCAGUUUGCUUUCUACCUCUUGUGUGUGUGUGUGUGUGUGUGUGUGCGCGUGCGCGCGCGCCCCACCCCCCAAACAUUUCAGAUUAGGUUGCUAGGUGGUGCCCCUUCACCUCUAGGUCCUCAUAGUGUUUCCUGAGGACAGGGACAUUCUCCAUCGCUGCAGCCCAGUGACCGGUCCCGCGGUCAGUGGGGAGAAAAUAGUACUAGCAAGUCCUCACUUCACACGCAAGUGUUGUCAGCUGCCCCCACAGUGCCCUGUGGCCACCCGUCUGCCAGCGUUUACCACAUUCAGUUGUCAGUCCCAGUGUGCACAGGCCGGUUAAGAUGUCCCUGAGGUGGUGUGCAUAUUCAUUGGUGGCUGGCUGUGCCAGGAGGCCGCCUGGCUGGAGGGGGGGGGGGGGAGGGAGCAGGCCCAGCACCCUCAGCGCUGGCCCCAGGACAGUGACAUCGCCCUGAGCGCAGAGGGAAGGUUAGUAAAUCGCUGGUCUUCGGAGGAGAGCGCAGUGAUCUGAGGCCCAAAGAAAAUGACCCUUGGGAUGGGCAGGCCUGGGAUGGAAUGGGACUGGGCCCAGCGGCAGGAGUUGAGAGCACAGGUUCACAACGAAGCUCCUGUUUGCCAGGAGCAGCUAACAUGGGGGAACCACAGAGGAAGCAGGCGGAAACCCUGCCCUCUGGGUCCUCCCCGCUCCGCCCAGUGCUUCCUGUGGAGGAGGAAGGCCGCUCAGAGUUGGCAUUCGUCAGUCUCUCCCUGUAGUCACCGGUUGACGGUCAGUAUUUUGAAGCAAUUAUUUUGGACCACAGAGUGUGGUUAGUUUAUCGAGGUUGAGUUGCAGUAUCAAUAGCAGUAUUACUUUUCAUCCAUUCAUUUUAUAGUUUCUGAAUUUUCUUUCUCAUUUUGUGUUUCAGUGGGACUCCCCCGUUUCAUUCUCUGAGAGAUGUCAACAUGCACAUUUAAGCUCAUGAUUCAUGAAGAGCCCCCAACCCUCCACACACUUCAUAUCUCCAUCCCGCCUUCCAGGCUUAAGAGUCCAACACUCCCAUUACCCUCAGACCGGCCACUGUUCCUCUCUUUGUGGAAAGUCAUUCCCCUGGGUACUGACAUUUGGGAUAUAUUUGUAUGAAAGUUACACUUUAAUAAGAGUUACUUGGAAAAUCUUGCUGCCAGCUCCUCAUUCCUCGCACGGCUCUCCGGCCUCUUCCGCUAACCAAGCUGCUCAAGCCCUUGCCAGCCUGGCUCUGGACAGAGCAUCAGUCCACAAACUGAAGGGUCCCAGGUUCAAUUUCGGUCAAGGGCAUGUACCUCGGGUGCAGG